AUGGACCAUAGUCACACCGCCGCCCUCACCCAGCCUGGGUGUGAGGCGGCGGUGACGCCACCGCAGGAAGCCGGCCCACUGCCUUUGCCACAACCGCAAGCGGAAAAAGAUCUCACCGUGACCCCUACGAUUCCAAGCCCAGCUCCACCCUCGGCCAGCACGACCACUUUAGUGCCACAAACCAGCUGGCCCGAAUUCAGUGCUCCGCGCCCGUUGCCAGACUUGCAGUCGAGCGCACAGCAAGCACUUCAAGCCCAACACCAGCUCCAGCCCUCACUCGCCCAGAACCGCCGCGUAGUAGAACAACUUCAGCAACUACAGGCGCUACAACAGCAACAGCGUCAUGUGCACGCCCCAACCUCCCCCGGCCCCCCAUGGCCACACAACCAGCAGCUACAACACCUGCAGCACAUGCGCCUGCUCCACGAGCAGCAGCUGCAACAACAACUACAACCGCCAGGACAACAACCGUGGCAACCCCUUGGUCCACCUCCUGCUGCUCGUGACAACCAGGCGCUACCCCUGUUGCCCUGGACUGCCCUUCUGGCCCGACCCUCGCCGUCACCUGCCUUGCAUUCGCCCUUUGUCACGGCUCCGGGCGCAGGACUCACAACAAGCAUGGGGCCAACCUUCUUCCCCCACCCUGAUCAAGCUUUCCAAGCAUGGAUGGCCCGCACCCGUGAAGCCGAGCAACCCGUGCUGCUGCAGCAAACGCAAGGCCCCACCACCCCAGAUCCUCGCCAACCAACAUUCUACUAUCCCCACAGUGACGUCAACCCGCCCAUCCCGACAAUGGUCAGGCUCGGUGACAUUAUCAAGCUUCUUAAUUGCAGUGGGGGGCGCAACGCCAGUCAAAACAGCACUGCUGACACCCGUCAACAGCGACAGCAGCAGCAACAACAACAACAACACCUUGACGUAACCCAUCCAGAAAUGGGCCCAGGUGGUGAUCCAAUUUCGUCAUCAUCGACUGACCAGCUGCUGCUCAACUCAGACGGCAGACCAGAGCGUGCAAGCUUUGCAACAACAGACUCCCUCAGCUCAGCCGGUGCAGAGUCUCAGUCCCAGACGACAUAUCACAAGAUCCCACAAAUGUCUGCCAUGGACGUGCUGGGCUCUCGGAGCAGCGGUGGUACUGAGGAUACAGCAAUCAGGGAGGAGCGCGGGCAAGGCUCAAUUGCCAGCGACUCGCGUGAUCGUGGUCUUCCGCCCAAUUGGGAGUACCUCUGCGACUCGCCAGCACUGAGUCGGGAGGCGCAAGAACAUCAGGUGGAAGAACGCAAGAUUCGCAACCGCCGGGCGGCCGAACGCUAUCGCCACAAGCAACGACGCGAAAAGGACUUGAUGAAGGAUAAGCUUUUGCAACAAGCCGAACAGGUGAAUUUGCGAGCCUGCGUGUGGUCCACACCCGCCGUGUCAGCUCGCACAUGUGUUCCCCGUGUGUCUCACGGCCGCAUGCAGCUCCGCCGGGCCCAAGGGUACAUUCAACAGCUUCAAGUGGAGAACCUUCAGCUGCGGACGGCUCUCAUGACCCAGGCGGAGGGAGCGGGACCGUUGCUAUCAUCACCAACGACCACUGCAGGAAGCGGUCUGACGCCUUUGCCAAAGGUUGUUUCAAAAUGUUCUGCCUCACGCCCCCAAUGA